GGACUUUUCCAAAAUAAUACUUUUUCUUCACAGACACUCAAACUCACAUUCAAAUCACACCAAACCCCCUCCAAUUCCUUCCUUAUUCCAAUCUCAAUCCCACCGCUCCUCCUCCUCCUCCCUCCUCAUCCUCCCCAUAAAAUUCCUAAUCCCAAUCCACCCUCACCGCCACAAUCGCUCCAAACAAACAAUGAACAGGCCUCCCGCAGCCAGUGUGCAGAGUGCUGUGUCCCAGGCAAUGAGCCUGAUCCAAUCGUCGCCUCCGACUUGGCAGUCCGCCGUCCUCAGCAACGUCCUCAUAUUUCUGCUGGGUUUUCCAAUCCUGGUCUCCGGACUCUCUGCCUCUGGCAUUGGAGCUGCUUUCUUGCUCGGUACUCUCACUUGGCGCGCUUUUGGGUCUUCUGGGUUUCUCCUGGUGGCCACGUACUUCGUCAUUGGGACGGCAGUGACAAAGGUGAGAAUGAAACAGAAGGAGGCUGAGGGGGUAGCCGAGAAGAGGAAAGGACGGAGAGGCCCGGGCAGUGUCAUUGGAUCCAGUGCUGCUGGCUGUGUUUGUGCUUUCCUCACAAUACUUGGAGUAGGAGGAAGCGGAUAUUCUCGGCUUUGGCAACUAGGGUUUGUUGCCAGCUUCUGCACUAAGUUAAGUGAUACUGUCUCGAGUGAGAUAGGAAAGGCAUAUGGCAAAACCACGUACUUAGUUACAACAUUGAAGGUAGUCCCAAGGGGAACAGAGGGGGCUAUGAGUGUUGAGGGAACCUUUUCUGGACUUUUGGCCGCUAUCGUUCUUGCAUUUGUUGGUUGUGCCAUGGGUGAGAUAAGUGCACCUGAAGCAAUGAUAUGCGUAAUAGCUUCCCAAAUAGCUAAUCUUGGUGAGAGCAUUAUAGGUGCUGCUCUUCAAGAGAAGGAAGGAUUUCGAUGGCUCAACAACGAUGCUGUGAAUGUCAUAAACAUAUCGAUGGGCAGCAUUUUGGCAGUCUUGAUGCAGCAGGUUUUACUCCAGAACUGAAGUAUGUAAAUUGCCAAAUUCAUGAAGGUAGAAGAUGCUUCUCCGACGUGCCAACCAGCUAUGUUAACAAAAUCGAACAUGAUGCGUAUACUUUACACCGGUGACUGAAAAGACCGUUGCACUCUACGCGGGAGACAGAUUACAAGCAUGUUGCCUUGCUCGGAUGGCAGUAUUAACAAUUUAGUGAGAGACUGUUCAUACGAAGUUAUUCAGAAAAUUCUUUGGUUCGAAGCUCCCGUUCCCCAAAGAGAAAAAAAUUACCCACGAAACGUUUUGGUGAACUAUUUAUCGUCGAAAUGUAUAUGCAAUGGAAAUUAUUCUUGUAGUAGUCAGAAAUAGGAUUAUUUUGCUAUAUUCCAUCAAGAACAUCUUUUCUUAUUGAAAUGUAAUUUUUUGUCUUUUAAAAAAGGGGGAUAACUGGUGGCAAGCCACGGUUAUUCACCUUUUUUGGGGGCCGGGAAGACUUACAGAGG